CGAGGAAUACAUGUUACUCGUAUGGGUUAUAUUUUGCGUAGGAAUUUAAGGGGAAUUUAUUAUUUUCAUGAUAUAAAUUACUACUACGUCGUUGAUUUGGUAAUGUUUUAAAAAUAGACAAACAAUGAACACGGUUCGGAAACUCGCCUUUUCCAAGGAAGCUUUCCCUAGAUAUGCUUACACGUCUAAAAUCGCCGAUCAACUUGACAAAAAAGGAACAUGUUAACGAUCCAUUUACCAUUCGGUUACUGACCCACCAUUGUUCUUUAGUGAUAUCAGCAUUUUCAUAAAAAGUAGCAACUUGAAAACACUUUCGGCAGAUGAAAUACAUUACAAGAAAACUCUUAAAGAAGGAGGCAGAUCGAUAAAAGCGCAGAAUGGAGAUAAAACAAGCGAGAGUAAACGUAAAUGUAUAAAUCCAAACAUCACAAUUACAACGUACGAUGACGUUCAACAGGGCAGCAUCAGCCCAGUCAAAGACAUUACCGGCGACAUUCUCAUCAUAGUAGAAGACAAUCCGAAGACAGCAGACAAAGCAUUCAAAUCCGUUAGAAGAAAAGUAGACAAAAAUGUUAUCAUCAAGAGUUGCUCUCGUGAACAAAUUUCCAUUACCAUUUGUACCACAUUGGAAAUAUUUGUGUUGCGAGUUCUGAAAAGUCGAAUAACUGCAUUACAGAUGCUUUAUGAUCAGCUUAACCCUGCCCAAUUUCAAAUCAACCAAGCUCAAACAAAAACUAGGUUGCCAAUAAAUGGAGAAAAUGGCGUUCAAGUUGAUUCAACAGUUCGCUCCAAACGACCAAUCGAAGAUGUUGGGUCAACAUCUAUCAUAAGAUCAGGAAAGAGAUUUCGAGAAAAAGAAUGUACCGGUUCGGAAAGUUGGAGUAUUUCGGAUAAACAGCGGAUCGAAAUGAUCAAGGAUACGCUUCAUGAAGCCCAUGCUUUGUACAGAAGAAGCAGAAUUUCUCAAGACGAGAGUCCUUUUGAAGAAGCUGAUGUACCCAUUCUUAGCGUCAAGCUCGCAGAAUCUCUUUAUAUCAUCGACGACAGAAUCUACGGAUGCGGUUUCAGAAAUUCAACGCUAGAGGUAUUCGUAAAUGUGUCGCAAGGUGUUAUGAGUGAUAAGGAAGUAGAGAAAAUAGGCCUUAAGGUUGGAGCUGCUGCGAAGGAGUUUGAUGUUUUCGAAACUGAAGUAAAGGUUGGAAGAUAUGAACAGGUCAACUAUUGUUCCUGCCAAGUGGGCACUAGAAUCAAGAACGACGUUGGACAGUUUGCGACACUUGGCGGUUUUGCAAGAAAGGAAGGAGAAUUGCAUGUUCUACUCGCUAGACACUUUGCCGACCCUGCACACGUUCGAUCAAUACAUUACGUUGACGGGAGAUUGGGGAAUAGAUUACUUGCACGCGUGUUGUCUGGUUCACACCGUGGUAUCUACGAUAUUUCUGUUGCAAAGGUAUCACCAAAUAUCUCUGCAAAUACAAUGUUUCGGGAUAGCGAAGGUCAGCCGAUGAAUAGUUCGUUAAUGGACAUGUCAACGGUCAAUCGCAGAGAUUUAUGUGAACGGCAUGUUCAUUUCUGGGCAGAUGAACAACAACCGAGAGUUGGAAAAAUUGUAAUCCCCGACUUCGAUGAAAGGUCGUCAGACACUCGAUAUGUUCUUAUAAAAGAACUACUGGAGUUCAGUGAAGAACACAAUGAGUUAAGACCUCGUAGAUUAUGCAAAAUGGGCCAUAGUGGAGCUAUCUUCUGUUCUGAUGACAUCGACGGGCAGUGUGUACAUGUAUGUACAAUGCUCAUGGGAUCCAUAAAUAAUCGAGACAUGGCGAACAAUCCAAAUGUGCAGGGCGAGUAUACAUCGUUUCCGCUAAACCAAGGAAUUACACAACUUAAUGAAGAGCAUGGCGGAGAUUUUCACAUCUGCUAAAAUAAAGUGAGUUCAAGACAUAAAGCAAACGAUCUCAAGAUUACAAGCAAAUACCUAGUAGGGAAUAACAAUGAGUUCAUUGACACGACUGUGUCUGAGGACAGCGUUUAUCUAUUUGACAAUUGUGUAGAAAGAAAUAAAUGUUGACAUAUGUUUUGUAGCGUUUGAUCUCGUUGCGUGGCCGUUGGUCCUUUUAUUGUUUGAUUUAACCAAAAGUGUUAUUUGGUGUACCUUUUUGCUUUAAUUGACCAUCAAUGUUGAAAAAAAACUUUUUGUUUUAAUUGUUAAUCAGUGUUGUAAAUAAAUACCUUUUGAUUUAAUUGUUGAUCAGUGUUGUAAAUAUAUACCUUUUCAUUUAAUUGUUGAUCAGUG